CUCACUGUCAGAUUAGAGUUUAAUCCGAGGAGUAGGACACACUGUCAAGACGCUGCCUGCAUCUUGGAAAGACUUGCGCCGUUUAUGUACACUAAAUAAAGGCGAUUAUACGUGAUUCUACCUUUUUCUUUUUUACCAUCUUCUUGUCUUUUUUCUUCCUUACAGUUAACGAGUAGCAUUUACAAGAUGAGACCCCACUCCUCCGUUUUUGCUUAUGCCUGUCCACCGACUUGCCAAUACGUUAAGAUGUUAGCUGGCUAACUAGCUGAAAAAGAGUAACUAAAUCGGAUUAGCUGCUAACGGCAGCCUCCAUCUGGGCUAUAUCCAGGUAUUGUUUGCAAUUGUCAAUAACUGUUACACACUAGCGGUUGCCUGUUUUUAUUUACUGCAUUUAAGCAACUGUGUGAAAAACUACUACUUUGAGCUGUAAUUAUUCGUUAGCAUUAAUGUUGCUGUGAGCUAGCUUGGUAAUUGGCUAGUCAAAACUGCGACAAAACCUGGACCUCCUUUGCUAGCAUCUUUACGAUUUUCUUUUAGAAAAAACAGAGAUUAAAGUUGUGCCUCUGACCAUAACCAAAAGUCAAGACGGAGGUGACCGCCAGACUUGAGUGCUAGCUUGUCCUUACGCUAGCUGGAUUGUACCAGAACUGUACAAGUUUUUUUUAAAUAGCCUCCAGUCGAAAAAAAUAUGUCAGGAAAAGAUAAAGAAAAAGACAAGGAGAAACAGUCCACCACGGAACGGCUGAUCAAAGCUGUGCCAUACCCUCCACAACAUAAGCUGACUGUAAAAGAGCUGUUUGAAGAUGGAAAACCCAAUGCCGAGCUACUCCGCAACCACCUGGUCAAAGAGGGGAGGGUGGAAGAGGACGUGGCUCUCAAGAUCAUUAAUGACGGGGCCAACAUCCUCCGUCAAGAGAAGUGCAUGCUGGAAGUAGAGGCACCUAUUACAGUGUGUGGAGAUGUCCAUGGGCAGUUCUUUGACCUUAUGAAGUUGUUUGAAGUGGGGGGAUCGCCCAGUAACACGCGGUAUCUCUUCCUCGGUGACUAUGUAGAUCGAGGAUACUUCAGCAUUGAGUGUGUUCUCUACCUCUGGUCACUCAAAAUCAACCACCCAACCACACUAUAUCUCCUGCGUGGGAACCAUGAGUGCCGGCACCUAACAGAGUACUUCACCUUCAAACAGGAAUGUAAAAUUAAAUACUCUGAACGGGUGUAUGACGCCUGCAUGGAAGCCUUUGACUGCCUGCCCCUCGCUGCGCUACUUAACCAGCAGUUCCUGUGUGUACAUGGGGGACUCUCACCAGAAAUCAAUUGCUUAGAUGACAUAAGGAAAUUAGACAGAUUUAAAGAGCCUCCAGCAUUUGGACCAAUGUGUGACCUGAUUUGGGCUGACCCUGGUGAGGACUAUGGCAGUGAAAAAACAUCUGAACACUUCAACCAUAACUCUGUCAGAGGCUGCUCUUACUUUUUCAGUUACUCAGCAGUCUGUGACUUCUUGGUAAAUAAUAACUUGUUGUCCGUGAUAAGAGCCCAUGAAGCACAGGAUGCAGGAUAUCGGAUGUACAGAAAAAGCCAGACGACAGGCUUCCCAUCAUUAAUCACAAUCUUUUCAGCUCCAAAUUACCUAGAUGUCUACAACAACAAAGCUGCUGUAUUAAAAUAUGAGAACAACGUGAUGAACAUUCGGCAGUUCAACUGCUCCCCCCAUCCUUACUGGCUGCCCAACUUCAUGGAUGUCUUCACAUGGUCUUUGCCUUUUGUCGGAGAAAAAGUGACAGAAAUGCUGGUGAACGUACUGAACAUUUGCUCUGACGAUGAGCUCAUGUCAGAAGGAGACGACCUGUAUGAAGGUGGCACGUCAGCGAUGCGUAAAGAGGUGAUCCGAAACAAGAUUCGUGCUGUGGGGAAAAUGGCCCGAGUCUUCUCCGUUCUCAGGGAGGAAAGCGAGAGUGUGUUAACACUCAAAGGCCUGACCCCAACUGGAACUCUUCCAGUGGGAGUGUUGUCAGGGGGGAAGCAGACUUUGCAGAAUGCUACCAUUGAGGCAGCUAAAGCAAAAGCCAUUCAAGGAUUCUCUCCGACAAGAAAGAUCCGCAAUUUUGAUGAGGCCAGAGGUCUUGACAGGAUUAACGAGAGGAUGCCACCACGCAAAGAUGGCAAGCAGCAAGACGGCACCACGAUCAACACAAACGCUCCCAACAAGAAUGGCACUGAUGGAUAAGCAGGGGACACCACCCUCAUAUCUUCACAUAACCCACACCACCUGACUCCCAGACCCCCAUCACGCUCUAUGUCUCUCUCUAUCCCUAUCUGUCCGUCUCCUCUGCUGAAGCUUCCUGUCCAUCUUCGGCUCACCCAGUCGGGCAGAAAAUGGAGGCAGACAUAUCAGUGGAUAAGAACAAUAGGAGGCUGCAGCGCUGGACGAAAACUUCCCAGCUGCUCAACAAAACAAAGAAAAAAGAAGACAUACUGAAUGGUCUGAAUGUCUGGGGAAAAAAAUCUCAUCUUAUUUAUUGAAAAUUGAAUAUAUUAGAUAUAUUGUUUAAUAGCAAAAAAAUCAUUGGUUGUUCAAAUGUAUACCAAUACUGAAGUUAUAUGUCAGAAUUAUUUUAAAAAGAUUUAUGAAUUGAUUCACAUAGAGAAAGUCCUUGUUAUUCAAGAGUUUUAGUCAAUUUAAGUCUUUUUAAAAUGGUUGUUUAUGUGUUAUAUAAGGGAAAAAUUACAAAUACUGUAGCCUCAAUAGCCUCUUUGUUUCUUACAAGAGAUCUUGACAAGGCAUUUUAGGCUCUACAUUCAGUGUGGUUUUAGCUUCUUCUAUGUCACUUGAAAGAUAAAAUUUAUAUGUAUUAAAAAGUGGGAAAAGGAAAAAGGGAAGUCUCUCAGAUUAAUGUUAAGAAUUACAAAUAAAGAUUUUUAUACUUAAAACUGAAAUUUAAAGACAACUGAAAGUCUUAUUUAUAUAUUUCCAGUGGAUCCCCAAAGAUGCCGAAGCAAUUUUUAUUUCAGUAUUUUGUUCACUUCCAGCUUGCUGUAUUAUAAUUUAUGAAUGACACAAAGUGAUGGAUUAGUUUUGUGUACAGUCAUAGUUGAUGUUGCUGUCUGUGCUGGGUACGACUUGUGUUCACUUUAUGGCAGCUAGGAUGUUCUUGCUCCGCAAAACCAAAAGAAAAAAAGAAGGGA